AUGGUCAACUGGUCCCCAGCCAUUCAAAACGCGGCUAACAUGCUCUCAGAUACCUUGACGCUGACGCUGACGCCACGUAUGGGAUACGCACUAUGGCUGGUCCCAUCGUGUACCGAAUUCACUUCCCUCUCUGAACUCAUGAAAUUUCGCCCCCAGCCAUACACAUUAGACUCACACUCUCGCUCCUACCCCUCCUUCGACCCACACAUCACCCUCACCACCUUUGAUGUUCUCCCAUCCUCAUUCAACCUCGACGCCAUCCCCCUCGACAAUCUCAACCCGCCCGUGGCAUACUUUGACUCUGUAAAAUGCGGCAACAACUACCUUGGCGCCCUCUCUAUCAGGAUCUCUCAAUCCAGCAAGCUGAUGUGUCUUCACGAAGCAGUCACCAGGCACCUCAAUAUGCUGAACAUGCAAUGGAAAAGCCGUGGCUUCCCCCACAUGUCGCUCUUCUACGUUGACGAGCCGGAUGAGCGAAAACGCCUCGAGGCCGAGCUCAAAAGCAGCAGGGCGGAUCCAAUCGUACGACGGGGGCAGAUACCUCAAGUUGACCGCCAACCCAACCUAGCAUACGAUCAACCCAAGUGA